AUGAAUAUAGAUAAAGAGUUAUUAUCACUAUUGACACAAUACCAAUCAAUUGAAUCAUAUAAACAAGUUUCACUAGAAUACACCUCACAAGAUACAUCCCAAAUCAUCAAUGACUUCAUCCAUCUCCAACACCCUUCAUUAACUUCAAUCAACUUUCUAAACAAAACAUCAUCAUCACCACCAUCAUUCCCCCUACAAAUAUCACCAAAAUUUCCUCAAUUAUCCACAAGGAAAACAUAUGAAGUCCUCCAAUUCUCCAACUACAUCCUAUCUUUACACGAAUCAACACCUUUCGAAUUCAUCGUGGACGUCGGUGCAGGGAAAUCAUACCUUGGUCAAUCAUUAUCAUCCCAUUUCAAAAUCAUCUCCAUCGAGAAAGAUGUCUCCAAGGUUAAAACCUUCAACAGAUUCAUAAGACAGAGUCCUCAGAUCCAUCAAACUACUGAAUUGAGAUUCGGUGAGGAUACUAUACACUUUAUCAAUUCUCAGAAGGCACGCAAUGGAGAACUUCCCAGGGCGUUGAUUGUGGGAUUGGAUACCUGUGGAGAUUUGCCCAAUGUGAUCAUGGAUGGUGUUGUCGAGGGGGUUAAAGGGCUGGAUGUCAUUGGGUGUUGUGUUGUGAGUUGUUGUUUCCAUAAAGUGUCGAGAUUCGUUUCUGAUGAGUUGAAGGGUGAUGGUGUCAGGUUUGAUGUUUUAGGGUAUGGUCAGGAUUUAAGGUUUUUGUCAAAUGAUGAGAUUGUUUUAAGUUUUAAAAAGGAGUUUUAUAAAGAGGUGUUGAAAUUGGAGUUAGAUGAUGUUGAGUUGACAGGUUUGAAGAAUAAGGAUUUUGAGAAUUGGGAAUCGUUCAUUUCUAGAGUUGGUGAGGUUUAUGGAUUUGAACAACUGGAUCAUCUCGAGUUUAAUCAAGAUGAGUUUAUUGGGAAUUUCAUCAAGUGGUGUUUUGUAAAAGGGGUAUUGAGUCAAGUUGUGGAAACAUUGGUGCAUCAUGAUAGGGUUCGUUAUUUACAGAACCAUGGUGUUGGGAAUGUAUCAAUUGAUGCCUUAUUCGAUUUCAACAAGAGUUCAAGAAACAUAUUAAUCACAGGUAUCAAAUUAUAA